UGUUCGUUCAUAAAAAAGUUAAAACGAUUAUUAUUAAAGAAAAAAAAAUUUGUAAACUAAAUAAUAAACAAAUAUUUUAGCAUUACAUUAAGAUUUUAUAACAUAAAUUUAUUUAAAAUGCAAUUUAGAAUUUUUAUUUUUAUUUAUUUUAUUUACUUAGGACUAGUGUCCACUCUACAUCCAAGAACUGUGAAAAGGAAAUAUUUAGAUUAUGUCAUUAGGGUAGUCAAUUAUAUUCGUGUACAAGAAGGAUGGAAUUCAAUAAAACAUUUGCAUCUGAAUCAUGAUGUGUACAAGAAUUUAUCAAUAGAAAAUGUAUUUGCACAAAAAGUUGACAAAAACAAUAUUUUAAACAUGUUUAGUAUUGUUGUUCAUUUACUUAACUACAAAUAUACUGAGAUAUUAAGAAGUUAUGUAGAACUUGUUACUUUAAUUUUAAAGGAAUGUGAAAAGUAUUCAGCAGCCAAUUUAUUCAAAGAAUUUAUAAAUUGUACUCAACAUAUUGAACAAAAAGUGAAAAAUUCAAUGAUUAUGUUUAACGAUUUGUACCAAGUAAUGACGUUUAUGAGUUCUUUUGAUACAAAAUGGUUAUUUAAAAAUAUUUCAGGAAUCCCAUUCGUAAUGGUAGAAGAAAUUUAUUUUGCUUAUCAUUAUACAAAUACCAUGAAAAUUUCAGAUCAAUCAUUUUUUAUUGAUGAGAAUGGUAAUUUUAUACCUGAAAAUGCGACAUCAGUACUUGCAAAUAUUAAAAAAAUUCUUGAUAAAUUAGAUUUAAUGGUAGAAAAAGAUCAAGCGAAGAAUUGUAUUUUGGUUGAGCUCUCCGAACGAAUUGACUAUCAAUUGUUAUUUGAAGAGCAAUAUUUACAUUACAAAUCAACAUAUUGCAAUUUAAAUAUUAUCGAUUUUAUGUUAAAUGCGGUAUAUGAAUUUUGCAUGAACACUAUAAAAAAUGAUUAUGAAAACCUCGGGUUUAAAGAAAUAAUAAAUCCGCUCUUAUACAAACGUCAUUCAUUAUAUCUACCUCAAAUUGAUUUUAUUUCACAAAGUAAGGGAAUAGAAAAUUUGAAUAUUAUUCUUAAUGCUGGUAACUGGAAGAUUUUAAACUAUCUAUAUAUAAAAUAUAAUAAUCAAGUAUUAAGUGCAAAUCGUGUGCUUAGAGAUCAAGCAAAUAAUAUCAAUUUUCAUCUCAAAAAGCAGUACUUUACUCAAUUAAUAAGAUGUAGAUUUUAUGACUUAUUAAAAACAUUCAGUUCACAUUUAUGUGGAAUUUUGGAAUUGUGUAAACAUGAAAAAACAAGCAGUGAUAAAUUUAGUAAUCCACACAAAUACAUUGAAUGUUUAAAAAAUUUUCAUAUGACUACUAGAAAUAUUCAGCACUUUUUAAACUAUUUAAAGAUGGCAAUGGAAAAAUUACAAAAGGCAUAUAUUUGGUGUGAAAACGGAACAUUUUAUUGUUUAGGACCAAUAAAAAACAUAGUAGAAAAUACACUUUAUUUGAUAGAAGUAAUAAACUUGAGACGAGAUGAGUUUUCUGACUACGAUACCUUAAAUUUGAAAAGAAUAGCAGACAAUUAUUUCGAAGAUGCACAAUAUUUGAAAGCCUCUUUACUGUCAAUCUUGAAUAAUGUAUCUCGAGUUCAUAAAAAGCAUUGUUUAUUUGAUGGAAAACCAUUUCAUUCAAAAAGAGAUGUUUUAGAGCAUAGCAAUAGUAAUGCAUAUUUUACAAAUAUUGCUAAUCCAACAAUAAAUCCUGUUACCAGUUAUCAACAGGCAUGUGCGGAUUUUAAUAGAUUUUGUGAAGAUUUCAUCAGGAUAGAAUAUAGAAAUUUAGGGUUUGAUAAAAUUAAUUAGAAAAAUUGCUUUUUAUUUUCUAUUUUUAUGGAUUUAGUAAUAUUCUUAUAAUUUUUCUUUGUUUGAAUUUAAGAUUAUAUAUUUUAAAUUGUAAAGUUAAUA